AACAAAAUAAGUUUCAAACAAAAUCUGGUGCACUGAACUCAGUUUUCGUUAACGAUUCUCAUUGUCCCCCACCGUUGUUUUCGCCGACGCUCUCAAGCCUCCGGCGAGCCCUAAGAAACCCUAGACGGCGCCACCACAUUCAUCAGAAACUGAGAAAAUGAGUACAAGUGACAAAUAAGAUACACACCUUCUCACUCACUUUUAUAUUGACUCACAAUCUAACACGGUCCCCUCUCAAUAAUUUUGUCUGUAGAUGUUAAGAUAUUUCCGCUACUCACCGAACCUGUUUGAUAAAAUGCGUCUUUAACUGGUUGUAUUGUUUUGUUAUUGCUUGAACAUUCUGGAUUCAUUCAAACAAAGUUUCUUCUAUUCAUCACGAUUGGGCGUGCUUUCAUCAACCAGCUUUAGUUUUUGUUGGUAGUACUCUGUUGGAAUCAAAGAACCAGAUAAUGGCUGUGAUGGGUAAGGCAAAAGAAGCAGGACUUCCAUUGAUGAAGUUGAUUAAGUUGAGAGGGAUGCCUAUUUUGCAGCAAUUGCAUUUAGAGGAACGGCUGCUUCGAACCAGUUCAGAUAAUUGGUGCCUCAUCAACGAUGGAACAAAUUCCCCUGCCAUUGUAAUGGGCUUGUCUGGGAAACUUUCAGAACUGGUCGAAGUCAAGCCUGUGUUGCAAGAUCGUAUACCCAUUAUCAAAAGGUUUACCGGGGGAGGAACUGUUGUUGUUGACCAUGACACUAUAUUUGUUACGUUGAUAUGCAAUAAAGAUGCCGUUUCAAAUGUGCAACCCUUUCCCCGAAGUAUCAUGUCAUGGAGUGGUUUAUUAUACAGUGAAGUUUUUAAAGGGCUUGCUGAUUUCCAUCUCCGUGAGAAUGAUUAUGUGUUAGGUGAUCGCAAGUUUGGUGGAAAUGCUCAGUCUAUAACCAAGAAUCGGUGGGUACACCACACAUCAUUUUUAUGGGAUUAUGAUGUCAAGAACAUGUCUUAUCUCAAGUUACCUGCAAAGGUUCCUCAGUACCGAUUAAGAAGAAGUCACAUGGAUUUUAUUUGUCGAAUGAAAGAGUAUUUGCCUAGAUCAGAUUUUAUUGAGAGAACUAUUAAGGCUCUUGAUGGCCAAUUUUCGGUGAAAUCCAUUAGCUUGGAGUCCAUAGAUGUUCCCUCUGUUUCUGAAUAUGUUCAUACCACUAAGCUUCUCACAGAGCAGCACAUUCAGGAAACUUGCACAAUUCAAACUUGAAAAAAUAGUUGCAAGAGGUUUGGCAACAAAAUAUAAGAUAUAAUAAUAAGGGGGAUAGGAUUUAACAAUGGGUGAAUUGAGUAUGCUGUUGUGGAAAUUUCAUUCUCAGUACUGAUGAAUAUUGACUGCUGUGUUCUGAUAUUGUUGUACAUUAGUUUUUUUUUUCUUUUCGACCAUAAUUUGUUCUGGCCAAGUUGCUUUUUCUUUUGCUUAGAUUAUUUUCCAUACUUUCAGCGAAAGAUACUUUCUUUAUUUUAUUCUUAAGUUUCAAUUUUUAUAUUAUUUUUCAGAAAAACUAGUUUUGGUGUAUAACUUUUCCUCGGCAAUUUAUUUGCUGUGCUUAUCU